AUGAUGAUGGGAGACGAAGAUUUCAUGUUACAAUAUGUGGAGGCAAACACCGCUCCUGGUGGUCAAGGCAGCCAAACUGAUUUCCUUGACAAGGGGUUUUCUGACCUCUUGCUCCAACAGCAAUAUCAAGUGCAGCAGCCGUCGCCUGCCUCAACUCUUGGUGGUCCUGUCUUCAGUAACUUUCCUUCCCCUACUCUUUCAAAUGAUUCCAAUCGCAGUAGUCCUCAGAAUUCGGCUGAUCCCGCUGUCAAUUUACUGGACCCUCAGCAGUUCCUCCAAAGUUUGUCUCAUUUUCCCCAGGAAGGUUUUGACCAAUUCGUCCAAUUCGAGCAAGAAAGCCCUUCUUUUCGCACAGAACAAAAUCAGCAGCAAGUACACCAGGAGGACGAGGAUGAAGAUGUGUUGGUGAUAGAAGACGAAGAAGAAGAAGAAGAAGAAGAAGAGGAGGAGGAGGAUAGUGCCAAUAUUAAUGAUUUGAAAGAAAAGAUUGAAAUGAAAAAGAAGAGUCAGUCCAAGGUCCAAAAAUCAAGUAGAACUCCACGUCAACUUGAAUGCUUUAAUUGCCAUGUUACCAAAACUCCCUUAUGGCGUCGUACACCUGACCGUGCUCACUCUCUUUGUAAUGCCUGUGGACUCUACUAUAAACAAUACAACACCCAUCGACCUCUUCAUAUUCGCCAAAAGCAUCAAUCGAAUCAAAGUAAACAAGCAUCUGCCUCUUCUACUAAUGUAAAUAUCACAGUUCCUUCUUCUCCUGAACCUGCCUCCAACAAUAAUGAUCAAGACAAUUAUGGUAUCGACAUUCACUAUGCUUCUCCACAGCACUUCGAAGAGUCCGCUCCUAUCUCGACUCCUCCUUCUCAAGAGGAAACACACUGCCAUCAAUGCUAUCAAAGCAACGCUGCAUCUUGGCAUAUGAAUGCCAUGGGUCAAACUAUAUGCGGCACUUGCACUAUUUACGCCAGUAUGCAGCAGGUUGCUACAUCGACUUCCAAUAGUCCCUCUCCAGUUACGGGCCAAAAGCGACGAUCCUGUGAUGCUAUUUUAAUUGAAGACAAUGUUUCAGAAACACACAAAAUGCAAAGAUUGUAUCAGCAACCUCAAGUGUUCCCCUCCAUGGUCAUGCCUAGUGCCAAUGUUCAAAUGGAUCCUCUUCCAACACCCCCCACUGCUCAGCAGCCUCCACAGCAACAAGAAGAUGUCCAUCACCAAAAUGACGAUACAAGAUUUAAAUCUCUCAUUGGCCGUAUGUCUCCUCAGCAAAUGGAAGGCUUCUUGAAUAUGCUUGAAAGACGAUGUGCUAUUCUUCGAUCCAUCAUCUACUCUGACAAUAACAAUGGUGAUUCCACCCCUACCAACAGCAUUAUAAUUUCAUAA